UGAAAUGAAAUCAUCCUCAGUUACCGCACUCGUUUCCAAAGUUAAACAAUUCCGUUUAACACUCACGAUGAAACUCUACGUAAUUUUGAUUCAAAUAUUUUUCACUUUUGUUCACGUUAAUGCCGCAGGUUAUAAUGGUCCAACCAAUCAAGCUGGAUUAGACCUGAUCAAGAAAUUUGAGGGAUGGUACCCGAAUUUCUAUACUGAUCCUGUAGGUAUCAAGACAAUCGGCUAUGGACACUCUUGCCAUGUUUCGAACUGUGCUGUCCCCAUAAACGGAAAAUACCCUGUGCCUCUAUCGGCAGCCAACGGUUUGGCUCUGUUAAAAUCAGAUCUUGUGUCUUACGAGAAAUGUGUUGCGUCGAAUGUCAAAGUGAAUAUCAAUGCAAAUCAGUUUUCCGCACUCACAUCGUUCGUGUUCAAUUUGGGUUGUGGAAACUUUAAAUCAUCGACAUUGUUAAGUCGUCUAAAUGCCGGUAAUGUUAAGGGCGCGUCUGAGCAAUUCCCUGUUUGGGUUAAGGCUGGCAACAAAGUUUUGCCUGGUCUGGUAAAACGUCGGGAAGCUGAAAGAACACUGUUCUGUACGGGAGGAGUUUGCGCAGCAACAUCGACAACAUGUACGGGGUCUGUAACUGCCACAUCCCUGUUUAUUCGAGCUUCAGCAAGUUCCACCUCUGCAUCCGUUGGAUCACUGACGAAAGGACAAUCUGUGACAAUACUAGGUAGAGUGGCUGGACAAAGCAUUAGUGGCAAUUCGAACUGGUUUAAAAUAUCCAAAGGAUAUGUGUCCGCAUACUAUAUCAAUAUAACAAAAUCUGGACCGACGUGGUGUCAAAAAUAAUUUCAAUUUAUUCGUCGUGUGCAUAAUUCAUCCAUCAGAUGACAAGCAUAUGACCAAUAUAAUUAUGAGAUGUGCGGGAAAACAGGAGUUUCUUAAAAAUUAAUUACUUUACUUUACCAGUGAAGUAAUGUGCCUUUUCCGUCACAAGGAAAAAGUCUUUCUCAAGGUCAUACUAUACACUUGAAAUAAUUUGAUAUCUCCUAUUACAAUGAGUAAAAGUAUCUUAAGCGAAAGCCCUAGGAUGCUUUUACUCAUUUCGAUACGACGUAUUAAAUUCCUUCACUUGUAUUGUAAUGUAUUGUUUUGUCUUGUCAAUACCUUUCAUUGUUAUGUCAAAACGUCGAAAAACAGCGGGAAACAGGCCAAAUACGUCGAUCGUUUACCCUGUUUUCCCGCACCUCCAUGAAAUUUGUUAUUUCAUUUGACCUAGUCAUUUUUCAGAAAUUGAUACAAAAUCUUUUACUUCAAUAUUUGUAAGUAACACAUCGACUGGUGAGGGUAUCUCAUAAUCAUGAAGCUUUUAUGUAUAAUAAACUGUAGAAUCAGAGAAAAUA